GACAGGCCAGAGGAGCCGGGUGGGCUAUCAGUUCGCAAGGCAUGGGUACCUGACCGCAGUCUUUCUCUGCCCUGCAGUACGGUUUCGUGAACCAUGCCCUGGAGCUCCUGGUAAUCCGCAAUUAUGGUCCCGAGGUGUGGGAAGACAUCAAGAAAGAGGCACAGCUGGAUGAAGAAGGUCAAUUUCUUGUCAGAAUAAUAUAUGAUGAUUCCAAAACAUAUGACUUGGUGGCUGCUGCAAGCAAAGUCCUCAACCUCAAUGCUGGUGAAAUCCUGCAGAUGUUUGGGAAGAUGUUCUUCGUCUUUUGUCAAGAGUCUGGCUAUGACACCAUCUUGCGUGUUCUGGGAUCUAAUGUCAGGGAGUUUUUGCAGAACCUCGACGCCCUGCAUGACCACCUUGCCACCAUAUACCCAGGGAUGCGGGCACCUUCCUUUCGGUGCACCGAUGCAGAGAAAGGCAAAGGGCUGAUUCUGCACUACUACUCGGAAAGAGAGGGCCUUCAAGACAUUGUCAUCGGCAUCAUCAAGACGGUGGCUCAGCAGAUACACGGCACUGAGAUAGACAUGAAGGUUAUUCAGCAAAGAAACGAAGAAUGUGAUCAUACUCAAUUUUUAAUUGAAGAGAAAGAAUCAAAAGAAGAGGACUUUUAUGAAGAUCUGGACAGGUUUGAAGAAAAUGGUGCUCAGGAAUCGCGCAUCAGCCCCUACACCUUCUGCAAAGCAUUUCCUUUUCACAUAAUAUUUGACCGGGACCUAGUCGUCACCCAGUGUGGCAAUGCCAUUUACAGGGUGCUCCCCCAGCUUCAGCCUGGGAACUGCAGCCUUCUGUCUGUCUUCUCUCUGGUCCGCCCUCACAUUGACAUCAGUUUCCAUGGGAUUCUUUCACACAUCAAUACAGUCUUUGUUCUGAGAAGCAAGGAAGGAUUGCUGGAUGUUGAGAAAUUUGAAUGUGAGGAUGAACUGACUGGGACAGAGAUUAGCUGCUUACGUCUCAAGGGCCAAAUGAUCUAUUUACCGGAAGCAGAUAGCAUCCUUUUCCUCUGUUCACCAAGUGUGAUGAACCUGGACGACCUGACCAGAAGAGGCCUGUACCUGAGUGACAUCCCUCUUCACGAUGCCACACGAGACUUGGUUCUUUUGGGAGAACAGUUCCGCGAGGAGUACAAACUGACACAAGAGCUGGAAAUCCUCACGGACAGGCUCCAGCUCACACUGCGAGCCUUGGAGGAUGAAAAGAAAAAGACAGACACAUUGCUGUACUCUGUCCUUCCUCCAUCUGUUGCCAAUGAGCUAAGACACAAGCGUCCAGUGCCUGCCAAACGAUAUGACAACGUGACCAUCCUCUUCAGCGGCAUUGUGGGCUUCAACGCUUUCUGCAGCAAGCACGCAUCUGGAGAAGGGGCCAUGAAGAUUGUCAACCUACUCAAUGACCUCUACACCAGAUUUGACACGCUGACUGAUUCACGGAAAAACCCAUUUGUUUAUAAGGUGGAGACAGUUGGUGACAAGUACAUGACCGUGAGUGGUUUGCCAGAACCUUGUAUCCACCAUGCGCGGUCCAUUUGCCACCUGGCUUUGGACAUGAUGGAAAUUGCUGGUCAGGUUCAAGUGGAUGGGGAGUCUGUUCAGAUAACGAUCGGGAUUCAUACUGGGGAGGUGGUGACAGGUGUGAUAGGGCAGCGGAUGCCGCGGUAUUGUCUCUUUGGAAAUACCGUCAACCUCACAAGCAGAACAGAAACCACAGGAGAAAAGGGGAAGAUAAAUGUAUCGGAAUAUACAUACAGGUGUCUCAUGUCUCCAGAGAAUUCAGAUCCACAGUUCCAUUUGGAGCACAGAGGCCCAGUGUCCAUGAAGGGCAAGAAAGAACCAAUGCAAGUUUGGUUCCUAUCCAGAAAAAACACAGGCACAGAGGAAACAAACCCGGAUGAAAACUGAAUCUCACACUGAGGGACAAAGAAAACUUUCCAUUGGGCUCUGGUGACAGCUUCAUGUGUGUCAAGGCCCGGAC